AUGCAGGACGAGAAGGAGUACGUGUUUGUGCUGACGAAGAAGACGACGGGCGCCCCGCAAGCGCGUGGCGUGCCACAGGAGGUAGUCAAGUCUCUGGGCGAGGCGACGUCGACCACGACGUCUCCGUGCGAGAGCGCGACGUUUGGCGACUCGGACGACAGCGUCGAACUGGCACAAGAAGAACGGGAAGACGAUGCGGAGCUGGACGACUCGGUCGAGCUGGACGCGAUGCCAGUGGCGCUGCCGUUUCUGCCCGCAAUGGACGCCUCGACCCAGAUCACGGUCCACGAUGGCUACAGUGAAGCCAUCAUGGACGCCCAGCACGCGCUGGACUCGCGUCUGUUGGCGUACUCGCAGUACCAGCAAAUGGCCCGACCGAAGGAGGUGCUACUGACGCCACGACGGCCUAAGACGGAGCAGUUUGUGAUGACAGCGAGACCUGCGGUGGUCGAUCGCCCGGUCACUGUCUGCAUGGGCUGGCAGCGUGUAUCCAACAUUGACUCGAGCAGCCGCGACCUGCUGCGUGCGCUGGAAGAGGACGGCGUGUCGUACGAGCCGCAUGACACGGCCUACAGCGUCAAGUAUCUAGCGCCUGUGCUACCGUUUGGCGACUGUCUUUUCCUGUCGAUGGAGCAGCUGCUUUUGUACACGGAAGAGUGUGAGCCUCUCUCGCCGGAAGGGAUCCGCCAAGUGGCUACCAAGUUCUUCCUUGCUCACUACGAUUCCAGCACCUCGGACGAGCAGCAAAAGAUCAACAAAGCUAUUCAGAAUCUGUACUAUCCGACGUUGAAAGGUGGGUGGGGUGUCAGCCCAGUGCAGACGCGACGGUUUGUCGCGCGUCGGAGUGAUAAGAAAAUGCUGCUGGACAAGUGUGCCGAUCUGCAGACGAGAGGCUACUCGUGGGGAAAAGCUGCAGAGGCCGUGUACACGUCGUACGCACAGCCGAUUGUAGACGCGCACUCUUACUGCGACUACAUGACGGUGGGCCGGGGCGAGAACACGCACUUCCUCGUCGGUCUGAACUACACUGACCGUGGGCUUAUUUCUGUGGACAAUGACCCUGACAGUUCGCGCGUGGCAUGGGGUGAUGAUUUCGUUCUGGAGGCGCUAGCGACUGCGUAUCAGCGUGACAUCUUCGUCGUGUUAGUAGGAUGUGGCAAGAUGUUUUUCCUGCCCCACCGACCCCGCGGCGAGGUCGGCUUGCAGCAGAGCACGAUCUGUCACUCGAAGGGCCAUGCGCCGUGGUUUUUGCUCAUGCGAUUGACUGGUAGCGACCGAGGCGGUGAUCACUACGAACCGAUGCUGUGCGAGCGACUGCGUGGUGAUGGAUCGCCAGAGUUCGGCUCUAUCGGUGACUGA